AUGUCAUAACUAUACUACUACUACUACUGUUGCUGCUGCUGCUACUAGUUGAGUUUGUAUUUAAUGUUUAUAUAUGCCUAUAUUAUUAUAAAUUAAUAAAAUAUGCAUGCAUCAUGUAAUGUAAGAUAUAUCAAAGUUGGUUUGGUUGUGGUUUUAGUAUUAUAUAUACAGUAGUUAGUAACAACAUAAAUGUGGGGUCAAAUUAUGCUUGUGUUUCUGUUGACUAGAAGUAAAACAACCGGAGGAUGAAGAUGAACGACAACAAAUUAAUGAAAUAGAAUAGAGUAGUUGAUUAAUUGAUUAUUGAUUGGUCCAUUGGUAAGUAAAGAAAACAGUACUUGGGCAUGCAAAAGUAACCAUGACUAAAUAACUACAAUACAAUUUGAAUGAAUUAGCAGCUAGCUAGCGCUCCUGGGCUGGGCCGUGUAUUAAAAGACGUGCUUCCCCAACAUGCGAAACAGCUAAUGUGCAAUAUAUACUUCAAGGACAUGAAUUGAUUGUCUUUUUUUUUUAUAUUUGCUACUGUUAACAAACACCUUCAAAAAACCAAACAAACAAACAAACACAAAAAAGAAAAGGUCAAUCAUCUGUAUCUGAACUUAAUAAUAAUAAUAAUAGCUUGCUUUGCUAGUCCCCAGCUAGUCAGUCGUAUUUGAUUUCAUACACACUUUGUCAAACCUGUGGAUCCCACUAGCUACUACUCACUCAAAUAUCAUUAUAGCCUCUGUGCCAAUGCCAGUAGUGUAACGCGCGUUCUAGCUUCAAAUUAAAAGUAUCAAAUGUCGUAAAGUAAACGACUAAUUUCCGGCAUCUGAUCCGCUAGCUCUCUUCGGUCCCUACUUUAGCAAAUUGUCUUUAAAAAACACUAUUCACUACUUCCUCUAAUCCAUAACAACAACCAACCAACCAUGGCGGCAUACUUAUCAAUAGCAAUACUAGUAACUACUCUCCUCCAACUUGUUCCAGCACUCGCCCUACUCACCCCAUGCCGCACCUCGUGCGGCAGUGUGGCCAUAAAGUACCCGUUUGGAGUGGACGACGGCUGCGGGGCGCCACAGUUUCGAAACAUGUUCAACUGCAACAGCACAACCGAACUCUUCUUCGUGACUCCCUCUGGAAACUACAAAGUAGAAUCCAUAGACUACGAUAAGCAAACAAUGGUAGUGUACGACCCCGCCAUGUCAACCUGCUCCAUCCUGCAGCCUCACCACGACUUCAAGAUGACCGACAUUCAGUCUGCCAUCAUACCUCCCACCUCGGACACAGUCUUCGCGCUUCUCAACUGCUCCGUAGACUCCCCAGUGCUCAACCACUACAGCUACCUCUGCUUCAACUUCUCGGGCCACUCGUGCGAGGAGCUGUACGGCGCCUGCAAUGCGUUUCGGGUGUUCCAUUUCUUGACAAACUCUACCCCGCCGUGUUGCUUCACGGGGUACGACACUGUGAGGACGAUGAGCAUGAACAUCUUGGACUGCACUCACUACACGAGUGUGGUGAACGCGGAUGGUUUGAGAGGGAUAGGGCCUCUUGACUGGGUUUACGGCAUCAAGCUCACUUACAUGCUCCCCGAAGGUGGCUGCAGACGGUGCACUCAGUCGGGCGGUACGUGUGGCUUUGACACCGAGACUGAGGGAAGGCUCUGUCUCUGCUCUGCUUCAUCUAAUUCUACAAGAGAAUGCGGUGCGGGUGGUACUUUUGUAAGCAAAGGAUACACAAAGAAUAAGGUAUUUGGUCUAUAUCAUUAUCUCCUCCCAUUUCUUUACCAUUAUUAUUACACUUCUCCAACACUCCAUUAAUCAUAUUAAUCUUGUAGAUUAAUUAUUUGAACCCCCUUUUUUAUUUUAUUGUAUACUAUCACUAUGUAUACAGAUGUUUCCAAGUUCCAAAGUUUUCUUUAAUUAUUUAUAUGCUCUAAUGAAUUACAACUAAUCCUUCAAAAA